UCAAUCUACCUGCAUCUGAACUUCUGCCAAGCAUGUCUGUGAAAUCUGCAGGGCUGAGAGAGGCUUCUCCUGGUGCCAGGGGGUGUGUUGGGGCCUGACAUCAUCAGCUCCCGGUGCCAGUUGCAGAGCCAUUGCCACUGUUCCUCCAGCCCUGCAGGGGCUCCCCAGGACAGCAAGGGACCAUGUUUUCACCAUUUCAUUGCAGUGUGUGAAAGCCUUUGGUAGUGUCAGUGAUGGGGAGCAGCUUCUCAGGACUCCUUGAGUUGCCAAGGAGAACAGACAGGGCCAUGGGGACAGAGUGGAGCUGCCCCAUCUGCCAUGAUGAGCAAGAGGGUGUCUCUUAUGUGAUACCCUGUGGCCACAAAUUCUGCAUGGGCUGCAUCCUGCGUUGGGCCGAGAAGAAACCAGAGUGCCCACUGUGCAGAAGACUGAUAGAGUCUGUCAGGUUUUCUCUGCAGGAACAGAAGUAUCUGGAGUGUGUCAUCACACUCCCUGAAGAAUCACCAGAGGGCAGCAGCCAAGCAGAAGGAGCUCUUGGCCUCCUGGAUGGAAACAGCUGCCAUCGCCCUGCAGGGUCCCCUCCCUCUUCUCCACAGUGGACACUCUCCCCAGCUGAGCAAGGGGCUGCAGGGACUGGGGCCGUGGCUGGCCUCCUGCCCAAGGUCUGGGCACAACUCUUCAAAAAAAAGGAGCAUCUCCUUGACCCUGUGCUGCCCUGGCUGCGCCAGAGGCUGGAGGCAAUAUUUGGGUCCCGAUGGUGGCUGGCAGUGAGAGCAGAGAAGAGCAUCUUGUACAUCCUGUGCCUCUGGGGUCCAGACAAGGAGGUCAUGCUCCAGAUGCUGCAGCCUCUCCUUGAGCAAUGUACAGAACAGCUGGUUGAUGGCAUCAUCAGCAUCAUUGUGGGUCAGUGCAGCGAGGAGGCCCAGAGGCUGCUGCACUCCCAUGCUGCUGGGGAGGAGGACAACAGCCCUGAGGCC